AUGGACACAGGUCGUGCUCCGGCAGACAACCGUGACGAUGCGGCCUCUACCACGAAUCUGAGAAGGACCAUUACACGGACGCUAUCAACAAACUCUCAGAUACAGUUCAAAGUCUACAGACGACGAUUCUUUGGCCUCUUCCAGCUCAUACUGCUCAAUAUCGUGGUCAGUUGGGACUGGAUCGCUUUAGCACCAGUAUCAACAACAGCAGCAACAUAUUUCGAUACCACAGAAAGUGUCAUCAAUUGGUUGUCCACAGCCUUUCUAUUCGCGUUCGUCAUCGCUACCCCAUUCACCUUUUGGGCAUUGGCCAAACAUGGCCCAAAGAUGUCUAUCGUGAUAUCUUCCCUCCUGCUGUUGAUAGGAAAUUGGAUAAAGUAUGGAGGUGCCAGGUCCAAUACAUUCAGUGUUGUUAUGUUUGGCCAGCUACUCAUUGGUUUUGCUCAACCGUUCGUCCUGGCUGCUCCGACUACAUACUCAGACUUGUGGUUCAGCCCUGCUGGACGCACAACAGCAACAGCUGUAGCGUCUCUAGCAAACCCCUUUGGUGCAGCUCUUGGUCAGCUCAUAUCGCCUUUUUGGGUUUCUGAUCCAUCUGACAUUCCUUACUCUAUCCUCUGGGUCAGUAUAAUAGCCACAGUUGCGACCAUUCCAUCCUUCUUCAUCCCACGGAAACCACCGAGCCCUCCAGCACCUAACUCUGGCCCGAUCGCUACCCUGGAUCAGACGUCGACGAAUUCGAUCAAAGAAGAUCUGAGGGUACUGUUGACUUCACUAGAAUUCUACCUUAUCUUCAUACCAUUUGCUGUGUACGUGGGCUUCUUCAACGCGUUUUCUAGUCUCUUGAACCAGAUCCUGGAGCCAUAUGGUUUCAGCGAGGACGACGCCGGCAUAGCAGGUGCCGUUCUCAUCGUCGUCGGCCUGGUCACAGCAGCAAUCACCUCACCCCUGAACGAUAAAUACAAAUUCUACAUUUGGUUCGUGAAGAUCUCGGUACCGCUGAUUGCGCUUAGCUACCUGAUCUUUAUCUUUGCUCCGCCGACAAGGAGUAUACCCUAUGUUUACGUCGUCUGCGCUCUGUUGGGAUCCGCUUCGUUCGGUCUGGUACCAGUUGUCUUGGAAUUUUUGGUUGAGAUCCUGCACCCAUUGAGUCCGGCUGCGGACAACUUCUUGGAGGGUGUUUCAUUGUGA